AAUAUGAAAAGAAGUGUCUGAAAGAGGAGUGCUAGAAGCAACAAGAAGUGAGUGUGAGUGUGUGUGUGUUGAUUGCAAGAAACGGUGGGAGAGUUUGAAGAGAGAAAGAAGGAGAUGAUUUGAGGCCACGUGACAAGAAGGAAAUGGAAGCGAACCUUGGUUACCUCACCUCUCCAUUUCACACAUUCUUGGCCGACUCUCUCAAAAGCUCUACCACCACGCCAGAACCCGUGGCAGUUUGCGUGCCACACACAACCAAGCAAAGCAUUCAACCUCCCCAACAGAGCCACUCCUCCCCCCAAGGAAUAACUCCUCCUCCACCACCAACCCUGUUCCUUUAUAACCAUGCACAACCUUCACCUUAAACCCUAGCUUCCUUUUCUUUAUUCUUUUCUCGCCGACUGCUUCUCCUAAAACAGAGCACCGGAUCAUGGAAGGGGUUUCCAGGGAAGCCCAGAUGUCGAUCGCUGCUUCUUCCAUGUUUCCUGGCUUCAGAUUCUGCCCCACCGAUGAGGAGUUGAUUUCUUACUACCUUAGGAAGAAGUUGGAUGGCCAUGAAGAGAGUGUUCAAGUCAUUUCUGAGGUUGAGCUCUGUAAAUUCGAGCCUUGGGAUUUACCAGCCAAAUCGUUCAUUCAAUCAGAUAACGAAUGGUUCUUCUUCUCUCCUCGUGGAAGAAAGUACCCAAAUGGUUCACAAAGUAAAAGGGCAACUGAAUGUGGAUAUUGGAAGGCCACCGGCAAAGAGCGUAAUGUAAAGUCAGGUUCCAACGUUAUAGGAACAAAGAGGACUUUGGUGUUUCACUUGGGACGUGCACCUAAAGGGGAGAGGACUGAAUGGAUUAUGCACGAGUACUGCAUCAAUGACAAGUCUCAGGAUUCUUUGGUUAUUUGUCGGCUGAAGAGGAACACAGAGUUCCGUUUGAGUGAUCAUUCGAAUAGAGCUUCUUCAAGUCAAAGGCAUCACGUGAAUUCACACGAAAGUGGUUGUGCCAUAUCAGAAGGUGGUGGUAUAGAUCAAAGGGAUGUUUGUGAGCAGGACAAAGAGGUGGGAUGUAGCUCCAAGAGGAGCAGUAGCAGUUACGGUUCUCCUUCCAAUGAGCAGAUAGAUUCUGUGUCGGAAUCCAAUCAUCGACCAGUUAAUGAAGCUACACUGACAGAAUCUUCAGAUCAAGCAAAGGAGGUGUAUGAAGAGGAUUGUUAUGCAGAGAUAUUGAAGGAUGAUAUCAUAAAACUAGACGAAUCAUCAAUCUCAGCAGAGGGUCACACAGGAGCACAUGAUCCUGCACAAAUGCAUCCUGCGCAAGGCACAGCAAAACGGAGAAUAAGAUUAAGGGUUGGGAAUUCAAAGCGUUCUUCUCCUGCAGUGGUUGGUUUCCGAAGCACAAUAAUGCAGUCGUCAAAGAGUACCUUCUUCGCCGGAAUAAGCAACAGUUUGGUGGCACUUGUUUUCUUGGUUUUCACUCUGAUAUUUUUGGUGUUUGUUGGGUGGAGUCAGACAACUGAAGUGUUAAGCGCUUGUUCAGGAACCAUGUCGAGGCCCAUGUUGCUUGUCUUCUUGCUGAUUAUACUUAUAAUCACCUCGCAGUUCGAGUGGAAGCAGCAGCUUGUGGCCGAUGUUGACUCCAACCCCACCGUAUCUCAGAAGCAGCAUCAAAUUUCCAAGGCUGAAGAAACCGUAAAGGAGAAGAUUAUUUUAGUUCAAGAGAAGAAUAUUCAAAGAUUGAAUGAGUUAGUGCGGCAUCUCCAGGAACAACUGCAACAGUGUAGAGGACGCAAUGGAACUAUAAAUGGCACUGUAAGCCCUCUAGCUGAGCGAAUUCUGGAGCUUGAGCGACAGCAAAUUUUAGAGGAUUAAGCAAACGCAGCAACUGCGGCAAUGAUGUUCUUCGUUAUGCUCAACCUGUGAAGUUGUUCCCUAAUUCAUUUGGAGGGAACGUUGUACAAGAUUUGGUCCUCGUUUGAAUAACCAUUUUUAACUAUAAAUGAAAAGUGCAGUGUUCGAAUAUUGUUCUAAAAGUUGUUGAAUGGUAUAGAAAUAUGAUCAUCUUAUACUGGUUUGAUCAUUUCUGUAGUUUAAAAUUUUCAUUUCCUCU